AUGAGUGGCAACAUCGACCCCCGCGAGGCCCAAAAGCGGCUCAUCGCCAUGGCCGACCUCACUCGUCUUCGUCAGGAGGAACUUCCCUUGAGUGCUGAAGAAAAGCGAGGACCGUCCUUUAACCCCACCCGUCGGAACGAAACCGACCACAUCAACCCUUCCCUCAAGGAGGGACUCUCCAACAAGUGGACCGUCAAGAUUGACGAUGAGGAGGCUCGUCAAACCGACGGUCUCGAGAUCGAGGACGCACGCCCAUGGGGAAAGAAGGUGGCCCAGCAGUACCUUGAGACUCGUGGAUAUGCUGGAGGUAGAGGCAUCCCGUCUGCCAUCCCCAAGAGAGGUCGCGGAGAUGACGACACUGAUUCUUUUCCCCCAACCAAGAAGUCGGUUGGCCAGAACAGUGCCCCAUCUGUCACCUUGGCCCAAUGGGGACCCCAAAACACCACACCGGCUCCCGAGCAGCCUCUUGUUGCUACUCAGGAGGUUGAGGCUGUGAGCCCCCAGGUCCAGCAUGAAAGCAACGGAAACAUCCCUGAAGCCUCUGUCGCCGCCCCCGCCUCUACAAACCUCAACUUUGUCCUCAACACCAUGGCCUUGGAUCCCGCUAUGGCGGAGCACGUCAUCGGCACUGGACAAUGUCAGGUCGUGCCUGGAAAGGACGAGGCACUCUCCUUUUCCGCAGAAGUGGUUAUGAAGUUGCUCAUCAACGAGAACAGAGCUGUUCUAGAGCUCUCAGCUCUGGGCAAGCCGCGCCGAGUCAUGGAUGCUUUGGAACUGGGCAGUCCGGUCGUUGAUGGUCAGUUCUGUGCCUUCACUCAGCUGUCCAACGGUGGUUUCUUCUACCUUCGUUUCGCCGACGAGACCGAAACCAAGAAGUUCAAGCGUCACCUUGCCAAGAUGCAGAAGUCGGCCCGGGCCCACCAGCCUCAGGAGAACACCCGUGAGGUCGAUCAGCAGCAUAUCGACCAGCCUCGGGCCGAUCAACACCAAGCUACUCAGCGCCAGGCUGAUCAACGCCGAGUCGAUCAACAGCAGGGAUCGGUCCCAUCCCUUGCAAACCUCAAUGAGGAUCUUGAGCCGCUCAUUUCCAUGAAUGGCUGGACGACUGUUGACAAUUCUCAGUCGCUCACCUUAGAGAACGCGACUAGACACGUCGUGGUGUUGGUCAAUCGGAUGCUGGGGAAAAUGGCUCCCAAGGAGCGGAAAAUGACUCUGAAGGAGGGAAUCUUCGAGUCAGCCCUCGAGGGCAUUACAGACGGUAUCAUUGAGCACUGGGUUCAGAACGGGUUUUUCCGAGGCUACAACGACAGCCUGAAGAAUCAGUUCUGUCACCUGCUGCGGGGGAUGGUGCGCUUCCAGAUCGACUUUCUUCGUCGCCAGAACGAAGGGUUCAACGAGAAGGACCAGGGCGUUCAGCAGGCAACUCAAGGUGUUCGCAACCUUUCUCUGCAGGAUGCACCCGCCUCUAUCCCAGCCGAUGCCCCUCGCCAGCGUGCUGCCAGCCAUCAGCAAGGUCAUUCUACGCCUACUUCUCUGUUUGGCACCCAGCUUGAAGGACGCAGAGGCCUAAGCGCUUCCCGUUAUGCAAGCGGACCUGUUGAAUUUGAGAACUGCUUCACCGGUCCUCGCAUCAAGAAAGAGCAGUAA